AUGGUUGUUUCCCCUGCGAAUCGCGCCAACAUCUCAGCAAGAUAUUUUGAUGAUUUGGUCUCUCGUGUAGCUUUGCCGGCCCUGAGCCGAUACGCGCUUGGGGAUGGUACAGACCGUACAGGGGCCAUCAGCCCACCUGGUCUCAGAUGGUUGUUGAUGACCAAGAUCCGGAUGAGUCAAACAGACCGCGUGGGGCCCUUUGCGCUUCUACUCGACUCGAGGUUGUUCUUGAAACAAAGCAACGCGAUAUGCGCCGAGGACGAGGAGGCUUUCCUCGACGUUGCGUGCCGCACCAUACUCGCGGCACAUGAUGCUCGUUGGAUCGUCGAGUUCUUGGUUGAAGGGCAGCGGUUCUUCACUCCUUGGUCUCAGCAGUUGGAUGCGUAUAAAAAGAGACUUGAAGCUGAGGAAUGGGCAGAUAAGUCGCCAGAACCACAGGAAUUCUAUGGCGCACUGCAGAUUGCUUCAACAUUGGGGGAUUGGCCAACAAUGGAGUCCCUUAUCAAGGGAGGCGUUCGAGCCGACCGUGUGCAUCCGCUCUUCGGCAGCGCAGCACGUGUGGCCAUUUCACUGGACCACUUGCACAUUGUGCAAGGCCUCGUCCGUUGCGGCCAUGAUCCGAACGCGCAGAUAUGCUUGAUUGGGAACAGAAAUCUGCUCCUCUACGCAGGUGAACUGGGCCGGAGGGACAUGAUGGAAUUCCUCCUCACCUUGCCAGAGAUCCAAACAAGCACAAAGCAUGAAGCGACCGAAGAGACUGCUCUGUUCUGGGCGGCUGGACGAGGCUGGACCGAAGCGGUCAGGCUUCUGUUAUCGAACCCUGGCACUGAGCCCGGCCCGGCUGCUCUUGACGUCGCCGUCAAAGAGGGACACGAGGACAUUGUGAGGCUGCUUGUCGCGAGAGACGACUUGAAGCCCAAUUUCGGCGUGAGGAGGCGCUGCUCUUUGUGGCUAGCUGUUCAGCACGACAGAGACUGGGCUGUGAAGCUGCUCCUGGACCGAUACGCUGUAAACCCCAACAUGGAGAUUAGGGGUGGGGAGACAAUGCUGGCUUUGGCAGCCAAGCUUGGUCACGAAUCUGUCGUCCGGGUUCUUCUGCAGCGCGACGAUAUCAACCCCAACCACCAAGCCCAGGGAGAAAGAAAAACCGCCCUACAAUAUGCUGCCACUGAAAAUCACCUCGGUGUGGUUGAAGCUCUCCUCGAAAGCCCAAGGUUAGAUGUCAAGGCUACUCACGACGGGGUGUUUGCAUUGGAGAUUGCCGUUUACAAGCGCCACGUCAAAUGUGCGAGACUCAUCCUUGGACGCAUGAACAAGGCAGACAAAGAUUUGGAAGGAGCUCUUAUGCUUGCUGUCCGUCGUGGUAGCGUGUCUCUAGUCCGAUUGUUCCACGAGGAUGCCCAGAUACGAAGCUGCUUGCCAUAUGCAUUCAGCCUAGCUUUAUUCCAAGCAGCGCUCGAGGGCGCCACCGACAUGGUCGGGGAGAUUAUCAAGUACGACGAGAUCGACCCGAACCGCACCUACGCCACGUGCUUUUCUCGCAAGGACACGGCACUCUUCGCCGCCGUUCACAGAGGGCAUGUCGAUGCUGCACGGCUCGUCCUGAGCCACCCAAGGCUCGACAUCAACCACACAGGGUUUAACGGGACAGUCUUGGGACUGCUCGCUGACCGAGGAGAUCAAAGGCUGAUGAAGGAUGUGCUCCGCAACGCCAACCUCGAUGUCAAUAUUCGUGCCCCAGGUUAUCAAGAUAACAUCAUUGUUUACAGACAGGAUCCAGACGAGCCACACGGGAAGUUUACGGACGACUUUGACAUGAGAUUUACAUGGGACGACACUCCCUUGUUGAGAGCGGCUAGAAAGGGCUUCUUCAUCUCCGUGCGAAUCCUUCUUGAGGAUCCUCGCACUGACGUGUGCGCGACAAGUAGUGACCAAAGGACGGCACUCUGGUGGGCUGUAUACUGGAACAGGGAGAGCAUCGUCAGGCGCUUGCUGGAGGCCGACAACAGGGCCGUGAACAUGCGAGACGUGGAGGGUUGGACCCCCUUGCACCUAGCCGUAAACUUAUCUAGAUCGGAGAGCAUGCUGCGACUGCUUCUGGAGCAACAACACGUUGAUCCAAACAUCACCACCGAAGCUGGCUGGACGGCACUUCAUCUGGCCAUGCUUUGCUGUACCACCAAGGCGGUUGAGGCUCUGCUCGACCACCCCGGAAUCGACACCUCUGUGCGUCUUGGAGAUGGGAGAACGCUGUCCGAGGUCCACGCUCCCGGUGGUUGCGAUUGCAAGUCGCUAGUUCAGUCUCGAAACCUUGAAUGA